AUGCACCCGAACCGCUGUAUUCUGCAACAAGGCGGCGAUGGCUUGCGACGGUUCUUGCGGUCGUUGUGGAAGAGAGCUGUCAAGAGAGAGCUACUGGAGGGCGUGCUCAAGGUCGUCGUGUGGUCGUUCUUCGCCGAGAGGCUGCUGCAGUCGGCUCUGGUGGGGUGGGGGCUGUCCGGCCGCGUGGGUCCGGUGGAGCAGCUUGGCGGCACCCUUAUGGAAGCGAACCCGUCCGAUGCACGUUUCGCGGAGACUAGGGCGGUGCUGAAAGGGGUCAGGGUGGGGAGGGACACGCUGCACCUCAACACCGCCCGAGCAUCGCCGGAAAUGUUCACAAAGAAAGGUGGGUAA